AUGUCUUGUAUUUUAUCAAAAUAUAUUCUUCUCUUAUCAUUUAAACGAAAUGUAUCACAACAUUCUUUUAACGUUAUAAAUAAUAAAAAAAAUGUUUUGUGUUUGUUACAUCAAGAUUCAAAAAUACGGUACUUUCAUUACAAUGCAAAUACAUCCCCUUUGAGGUACCUUAGAUCAAAGAAUGUCGAUGUACGAACGAUAUAUUCCAUGUCUCAGACAACACAUAUGUCUAUCAAAGAUGAAAGUCGUGAAUUAAUGGCUGUUUGGCCCGAUGUUGUCCGUGAUCUCACGGAUGCUGGUCGUCAUCUUGACAUACCAGAUGUUACCAAAUGGUUGGCGAAGGUAUUGCAGUACAAUGUACCGGUAGGAGGAAAAAAUAGAGCUUUAACAGUUAUUCAUGCAUACAAAUUAUUAUCUCCUUACGAUCAAUUGACAGAAGAAAAUAUUCGUUUAGCCCGUAUUUUAGGCUGGUGUAUAGAAUUGUUGCAAGCGUUCCUUGUGGUGAUUGAUGAUAUUCAAGAUCAAUCAAAAAUGCGACGAAAUCAACCAUGCUGGUAUACAAACAAUAAUAUUGGAUUGGCGGCUAUUAAUGAUGGUGUAAUGUUGGAAAUGUGUAUAUAUCAACUCCUUAGAAAACAUUUUAAAUCGAAAGAUUGUUAUUUAAAUCUCAUGGAAUUAUUCUUAGAUUCUACAUUAAAAACAGCCAUGGGUCAGUGUCUAGAUUUAUUAUCAACAGAUUUUGGAAAAAAAUCAAAUUUUGAUUUUUUUACUAUGGAUCGAUAUAAUUCUAUUGCAAAAUAUAAGACAGCUUACUAUUCGUUUGUGUUACCAGCCACUGUUGCUAUGUCUUUUGCUGGUAUAAAUGAUCCAGAAAUGUAUCGUCAAGCGAAAACAAUUUUGCUGGAAAUGGGUCACUUUUUUCAAGUAAGAGAUGAUUAUUUAGACUGUUAUGGUGAUUCAGAGACCACUGGAAAGACUGGAACAGAUAUAGCAGAAGGGAAAUGCUCAUGGCUUGUUGUUGUAGCUUUACAACGCGCUACACCAGAACAGAGAAAAAUUUUAGAGGAAUGUUAUGGACAAUCCGAUACAGAAAAAAUAAAUCGUGUGAAACAGCUAUACAAUGAGCUAGGUUUAUCAAAUACUUAUGCUAUUUAUGAAGAAGAAACAUACAAUUUAUUAAACACACAUAUACAACAAGUGUCACGUGGACUUCCACAUGACUUUUUUUUAAAGUUACUUAACAGGGCAUGUCGUAAAGUAGCACGAAAAGAAUAAUUAAGAAUAACAGAUUAAAUUAUUAAUAUAAUUUAAGAAAGAACAUUUCUUUCUUUCUGUGUCAAAGGUUAUAUA